UUUGCUGUUUCAUUUGGGAAACGAUGGAUUGCGAAUUGAUUGUAGCGACAGAAUGUAAUGAACAAUAUUCAAAAAAAUUAGAAUCAAAUACACGAGAUACAUUUGAAAAAGUAUGUGAUCCAAUUGUUGGUUCUAAUUAUGGUUGGUCAUGUUGGAACCAGCAAGAAAGUGAUAGUUGGUAUUAUGUUGGUAUUAUAAUCGGAAUUUUAAUUCUUAUAAUUAUCGGUGCAUGCCUUGUAUAUCGAAUCUACAGCUACACCAAACCAUUACGUAUUGAUGAACCAAUUUUCAGUAUGUUGGGCAAGCAAGAGAUUAUAGAAUUUAUGAAAAAAUAGAAGAAAAAUUGAAUUUUCCAAUUCAACCGGAAAUGUUGGAUGAUUUUUUUUUCUAUACCAAAAGUUCCAUUGAUAAUUGUAACACCACCAACACCACCAC